GGCUCCCGCGAUCGCGGGUGUCCUUGGCUAUCCUACCACGGCCAACAUCUACCGCCUGAUCUCCGUAGAGUGCCCCGACACCCGCGACAUCAUCAUCAGGUUCUAUCGUGACCGCGACGACAAGUUUGGCCUGUCGGAUUC